GAAAGAUGGACGCUGUAUUGCUGGAUCCUUCCUUGUACACAGUGAAAGCUGUUUUAAUUUUGGACAAUGAUGGAGAGCGGCUGUUUGCUAAGUACUAUGAUGAGACCUAUCCCACCGUCAAGGAGCAGAAGGCUUUUGAAAAAAACAUUUUUAAUAAAACCCAUCGGACAGACAGUGAGAUUGCUCUUCUAGAGGGGCUGACUGUAGUAUAUAAAAGCAGCAUUGACCUGUACUUCUACGUCAUUGGAAGCUCACAUGAAAAUGAGCUCAUGCUCAUGGCUGUCUUGAACUGUCUAUUUGACUCCUUAAGCCAGAUGCUCCGCAAAAAUGUUGAAAAGCGAACCCUGCUUGAGAAUAUGGAUGGACUUUUCCUGGCAGUUGAUGAGAUUAUAGAUGGAGGAGUCAUACUAGAGAGCGACCCUCAGCAAGUGGUUCACCGUGUGGCACUAAGGGGUGAUGAUGUUCCUCUGACAGAGCAAACAGUAUCACAGGUGCUGCAGUCUGCAAAAGAGCAAAUCAAGUGGUCCCUUCUCCGGUAGUUGGUGUCUGCUGACCUGCACAAGUCCAUCAUUCAUUCCAUCUUUAUGGGGCCUACUGCUGCUCUCCCUCUUUGCCCCCAAUCUCUGACCAACUGCAUUUGGCCACUACAGUAGAUCUGUUGCACUGAUUUAUUUAAUGGAAUCUUGUUGUAUUUAAGUGCAUUUGGUGGUCCCAGACCCACAGUCUUACACCUUCUUCUGAGAUUGAUUUUCCUUUUGCAAAUGUUUCAUUUAUUUUAUCCCAAAGCAAAAGCAGCAAGUUAGAAAUCUAAAUGUCCAAAUGAGAAAUACUAUGGCAAGCUGCAGGGUAGAAUCGCAGACAUUCAGAAAGCAGCGCCUGCAGCAUGGCUUAAAUCAAGCCUUCACUUUCAUUUGAUGUAUAUAAGAUUUCCCGUUCUCAGAGGGUAGGAGGGGAUUUCAUCAAGGUCAUUCAUCAGGUUUCUACUCCAUCAGAACAAUUCUUGUUUUGUUUCCUCAAACCUGUAAGUGGCAGAUAAGUGGAUCAUUUGCAUUCAUAAUGAGCAGACUCUCUUGCCUUCUGUAAGAGGGAAACCCUGUUAAAAAUUGGGUAAUAUGCACAUUCAGGUGAUCAAGUGGACCAAUGUGAUGCAUUCAAAUCAUAUUUUCUUGCUGUACUAAUACAGACUGAUAUAUUACAUUAAUAAAUGACAUACCAACAGUU